UUUUUCCUGUCUAGGGUUUUGCAGAGAGAGAGAGAGAGAGAGAGAGAUGGCGAAGCCAGCAGCUGAGGUGGAGGAGCUGCCCCGUUCUAUCGUGCGCCGGGUGGUGAAGGAUAAGCUAUCCCGAUGCUCCGACGAAGAUAUCUCUGUCCAGAAGGACGCUCUCCUCGCCUUCUCCGAGAGCGCCCGCAUCUUCAUCCACUACCUCUCCGCCACGGCAAAUGACAUAUGUAAGGAAUCUAAGAGACAAACAAUCAAUGCUGAUGAUGUUCUCAAAGCACUAGAGGAAAUUGAAUUUCCUGAGUUCAUUGACCCUCUUAGGGCUUCUUUGGAUGAAUUUAGGCAAAAGACUGCCGCAAAGAGGUUGGGGGCAAAAGCAAAAGAAGCAGAUAGGAAAAGGAAAAUGAAGGAAGAUCCUUCAGAGUCAAAUGGAGCAGACGUUGGGAAUGCAGAAGAAGGCAAUGAAAAUGAUGAUGAUGCAUGAAUGAUUCUGUACCAAACUUUGAACUUUGAUAGGCAAUGUCUAAGCCAUCCUUGUAAAUUUCAAUAUUGAGAAAUGAAGAAUUGCAACUGCACUUAAACAAAUCUUCUGCAAUCUUACUUUA